AUGGCAAAAAAGAAGGGGCCUCCUUACAAGGAUGACCCGCAAUGCAAGUACAUUGUGAUCGACGACCCAUGGCCAGGAAAUUUGACGGGCAAGGAGAGGAAUAACUAUUAUUACAACUGGAUUGGGGCAUGGGUCUUCUUCAUGCUAGGCAAGAAGGCCGGCGAGCCCAUCUGUAUUUACUCGGUCAACACGCGACGCGAAGUGAUCGUGAAGCUUUCGGAGGGAAUUGAUGUCACCUCCUUCCUUGGUGCGCAUCACUGGAGUGUCUUCCUGCGAAUGCAUCGCCCGACGGAUGCAGAGCGUGUGUCGUGCGUGUUCCCCUACAACUACCGCAUGAAAGGACACCCCGAGAACCAUAACUGGACAGAGAACUUUCCUAUCGGGGGAGAGCCUCCACCGCAUCUUAAAUUCCCCGUGAAGUUUCCCUACCCCCCGCCUACCUGGGCGUCCCCGGAUCAUAAGAACGCGAAAGACAUAUCGCUCCCGUUGCCUGCAUCGCGUCCCCAGCCGCCCCCUAACGCAUUCGAUCCCUACCAACCUCCUGCGCAUUAUGACCCGGCAUUAGCCGCAGACCCGUCAGAUGCGCCUGAAGAGCCUGAAGAAGAGUCUGAAGAAGAGCCUGAAGAGGUAGUUAUCAAGGCCGAGCCAGAACCAGAGUUAUACGUCCGUACCAAAAAUGAUCCAUACGAAGAAGAGGAUGCUGCGCUGCAAUUCCUCAAAGCGGAGCCUGUGGAUGACCACGUCCCCAUGGAGCAGGAGAUCACAGACACACAGAUCAAGCAAGAGGUCGCUGAAGCAAAUGUCAAGCAAGAGCCUCCUGAAGCUCCGAUCAAGAGAGAGGAGCAGCCAGAAGAGAACACCCCAUCUGAAGCUUUCAUGGCUGCAUUUGCAAGGUUGCAACAACGGGCUCUCGAGAAUUCGGCAAGUCAAGCUCCCACUCGUCCCCCAGAUACGAGCGCGAGCCCCCAUAUAUCAGUCAUUGAACCCUACAUCCCAACCCAAUCCGGUACCUCUGCUCCGAGGGUGAAACCGGAGCCUCAAGAGGGUGUGAUACCUCCUUUCAGCCAUACUCAUGCUCCUCGAUACAACCCCGGUCCUGUAGUUCUAUCCACUUCGGGUUCUGGUCCAUCUGCGUUAGGUAUGCGGGUCAAGCCUGAGCCGGAAGAUCGUCCGUUACCUUCGGGAAUGCCAGCUCGAUAUGGAGAUGCAAGACAAAGAGCGCUUGAGUCGACCAAUACAAACAGGACUUCUGAUCCCAGACUAUUAAAUCCAGAGUUAUCGUCAAAGAGGGUCAAAUCAGAGGAUGAGGAACAAUCUACGAAGCGUAUAAAGACGGAAGAAUAUGACCGUUGA